AUGAAGCCAAGCAGAUCAUCAAAUGGCCAGCGUUUCAUCGUAACUUCCUUCUUCUUCAUAGUUUUUCUUUGUAUUCUAGCAUCAAUAAACGAAGUUAGAUUCGAUAGUUUUUUAAGAUUUGGUAGAUGUGCAUUUUCACGCGCACCCCAUUAUUCAUCCGAAGAAAAUUUUCUUGCAGCUAAUUCAUCCUCCACCUCCAAUUCAUCAUCCACCGAUGACGUUAGAAUACUGAUAGGAAUCCCAACACUUCCUGAUCACUACCACAAAAGACACUUCCUACGGCUAGUCUACGGCAUACAAUCACCUCAGAAUGCAAAAGUUGACGUGAAAUUUGUAUUCUGCAACCUCACAAAGGAAGAUCAAAAGGUUCUCGUGGCACUAGAAAUUAUGCGUUACAACGAUAUAAUCAUCCUCAACUGCAGGGAGAAUAUGAACCAGGGUAAGACCUAUACCUAUUUUUCAAGCUUACCAGAGAUGCUGAACAAUACAGAUGGACCAUUUCCACCAUACCAUUAUGUGAUGAAAGCAGAUGAUGAUUCGUAUUUUAGGUUAGAAAAUUUGGUUGAGUCUUUGAGGCCAUUGCCUAGGGAAGACCUGUACUAUGGUUAUGUUAUUCCAUGCCCAAGUAUGGACCCUUUUGUCCAUUACAUGUCUGGAAUGGGGUAUUUAGUUUCUUGGGAUAUUGUAGAGUGGAUUAAGGAGUCUGAUAUUCCAUUGAAGCAUCUUGAAGGGCCGGAAGAUAAGGUUUUUGGAGAGUGGCUUAGAGAUGGUCAUCGCGCUAAAAAUAGGUACAAUGCUAAAUGGUCUAUGUACAACUUUCCCGAGCCUCCCACAAGGUGCACUCACGAGCUAUGGCCGGACACUAUUGCAGUUCACCUUUUGAAGACUCAAGAGAAGUGGAUUCGGACAUUGAAUUAUUUCAAUGUUACAAAGAACCUGAAACCAUCUAAAUUGUACCAUAUACCUUAG